CAGUUAUUCAUAAAUAAUAUCCAGUUGCUUUUGGUUGGAGCUAAUACUUUAAAUACAUCAGACCUAAUGGGUAUCGAUAGUCUUCAGUAUAUUGAUGAGUCUUAUAUUGUAUACUGGAAUAUAAAACUAAAUGAUCAUUCAUUGUAUUACCUAACAGUAUCAGCAAUUGGUACAUAUGGAACUAGUACUUCUGAUCAUGUAACAGAAAUAAAUACAUAUAAUGUAAAGGAUAUAAUAAUAGAGAGGAAUGAAGAUAUUGUCUGCUUUAUUUGUGUUACUGAAGUGCUUAAUGAAUGUCAAUUAAUGAUAGCAACACUGACACCACAAUCAAUACAAACUAAUGGAACAUGUUAUUCAUUUACUGAUAAUGGAACAUACACUGUAUAUGCACAUGAUAUUGAGAAUGGAAUAAAGAUACUGACACCAGCAAUAGUUAUUGAAUACUUAGUUGACUGGAUUGAACCAUUAUACACAGGUAAUUACAGUAAUAAGAUUAUCCAAUAA